AUAGCCACCUUGCACGUUGCCGCAGUGACCGUGUUUUGCAUACAUUUUUUGCCGGGUCGCGCCGCCAGUGAGGCAGCGAGCCGCCGUCUGCGCGCCUUGGCUCUGCCGCGCCGCGCCGCGCCACCCCCGGGUACGAACGGCUGCUGCCGGCUCUCGCGCCACCGCCAACCGCGCCGCCUGCCGCUCUCCGCGCAGUGCGGCCCGGAGAUCGCGCGAUACCUGCUGCACACACUGCUCGGCCCCGCCGCCCGUCGCUUUUGCGGGCGAAACCGACACUCCGGUCUCACAUUUUCCGCGCCGCACAACUCCGUAGCUAUGGUCGUGCGCUAGUCAGCUCGCCCGAGCGCCGACCGCGGCGCCGCCAUGGUCUAGGCUAGGAGACCCAGCGAUGACAUCUCGAGAGGCUGUGGCGCCAAUCGUUUCUUCAACUUCUCGCACCGACCACGAGGUAGAAAGCCUGGAAGAGCCUGCUGUCGCUCCGAGCACCACUAAGAAUCGUCACAAACACAAGCAGAAGGACAAGAACCAGUACAACCGUUCAGAGGGAGGCAGCUUAAGCGACAGCUCCGGGAGCCUCGCCAACCAGACCAGCGGAACCAAGAGGCGCUAUAACCGCUCCGAGGGGGAGAGCCUCAGCGACAGUUCGGGCAGCGCCGUCCGACAGGAGUCUUCGCCUACUUUGACGCUCAUCUCGUCAAAGGCGCCAAAGUACCUCUACAGCCGCUUGCGGGGGCGGCGGAGGCGGCGGAAGCGGCGGCGGCGAAGAAGACCGCGGCCCAGACCCGGCUCAGCAGAAUCUAACUACUCACAGCCGUCUUCCGACUUGUCGCUGGACGAAGAGAAGGAAACGCUGAGGCGGGAGAAGGAGAGGCAGGCGCUGAGCCAGCUGGACAAGGCGCGGACGAAGCCAGUGGCGUUUGCCGUACGGACCAACGUGAGCUACGACGGCACUCUGGAUGACGACUCGCCCGUGCACGGCAGCGCCAUCUCCUUCGACGUCCGAGACUUCCUGCACAUCAAGGAGAAGUACGACAACAACUGGUGGAUCGGCCGGCUGGUGAAGGAGGGCAGCGACGUCGGCUUCAUCCCGUCUCCCGCGAAGCUAGAGAACCUGCGGCUGCAGCAGAGCCAGGCGCGCAACUCCAAGCUGUACUCGUCCAAGACGUCGUCGUCCAGUAACCUAGGUGCGCUAGUCAACGAUGUGCUCGCCUCCUCUAAGAGUGCCAACUCGCGCGGAUCCACCCCUCCCACCCCUGGCGAGGACUCCGACUCUGCGCGCCUGGCCAAGUCGACGCUGACGACGCCGCCGGCGAAGGAGAAGCGCAAGCCGUUCUUCCGCAAGCAGGAGACGAUGACGCCUUACGACGUGGUGCCUUCGAUGCGGCCCGUCGUCCUCGUCGGGCCGUCGCUCAAGGGCUACGAGGUGACGGACAUGAUGCAGAAGGCGCUCUUCGACUUCCUCAAGCACCGCUUCGAAGGCCGCAUCAUCAUAACGCGCGUGAUGGCCGACAUCUCGCUGGCGAAGCGCUCGCUGCUCAACAACCCGUCGAAGCGCGCCAUCAUGGAGCGGACCAACUCGCGGUCCACGUGCCUGGCCGAGGUGCAGGCCGAGAUCGAACGCAUCUUCGAGCUGGCCCGCACCUUGCAGCUGGUCGUGCUCGACUGCGACACCAUCAACCACCCGUCGCAGCUCGCCAAGACCUCUCUCGCCCCCACCAUCGUCUACCUCAAGAUCUCCUCGCCCAAGGUGCUUCAGCGGUUGAUAAAGUCUAGGGGAAAAUCGCAAGCUCGACAUCUCAAUGUGCAAAUGGUUGCUGCAGAGAAACUAGCACAGUGUCCACAAGAGAUGUUUGAUGUCAUUUUAGAUGAAAAUCAACUAGAUGAUGCAUGUGAACACAUCGCCGAAUAUCUCGAGGCUUACUGGCGAGCAACACACCCGCCAGCUAUUCCACCGCCAUCACAGCAGCCACCAGUAGUGCCUGUCGGUUUACCCAGGCAGAGCCAGAAUCAGGUUCCUGGUCAACAGAAUCCCCAGCAGGCGCAAGCGCAGCAGUUGUCUCCUGGGGCAGUGCCUUCCACUUCUGACCACAACGUAACCACACCUCCCGAUCCUGAAGAAUACCAUUUUCUUGCUGCAAGGGUGUUAUCACCUGAAGGAGCAGUAGUGUACCACCAGCACCAACACGGCCGAUCGAGGUUGGAGCGCGACCGUUCCGAGUACGACGAGUACGAUGAGUACGAUGAUGGAAUAGCACCACUUCCAUUGGCAGCAGCAUACCACCACACCCAUUCCCACCACGAACAUGACCUUCACGACCUCCUCGAAAUACCGCUGCAGAGUGUCCGUCUGGAAGACCCACACCGUGAUCGUACACAUUUCCAUCCUGGACAUCUCGAACGUGUAGUGCACCACGAACAAUCCCAUCACAACCAUCCACGUGUGGGACAUGAACUGCGCGAUCGUACUCACCGUCGUCCGGUACGCCGACCCGACCCUACUUUUGUGCCACACGUGCAGUACGGGCCGUCGAUGGCGAGAAGUGCGGCCAUUGCCGGACCUUCGGGCCUGUCUCUGGGGCCGCCUGUAGGUCGUGAGGAGAGGUACCGGCAGCACCAUUCCGUGCGAGACCCGGCAGAUGACUACCACUCCCCUCACCACACUUCCUCACGCCGACCUCUCAACGCUAUCUAGCUAGAGCUUCUCUCACCGGAGUCCCGAGAAGACGAUGAUGACUAGCGGUGCUAGUCGGGGCUCCGUUGUGAGGUGGCAACGUAGGAACCAUUGCUGAGUGGUGGUUGCAAACAAACAGACUGUCUGUGACAGACAAUUUAUUUAAAAUUCUGUCGAUUACCUGGUCGCAGUGUGACUUUUUGAACAAUUUUUCAUACGGAUUCAGUGAAAUCAUUUGGUGCCACAUACUGCUGAUUAUAAGAGUACUUUAUCAGUGGUGACAAAAUUGUUUUACCAAUUUUGUCCCUGCAGAUUAUGUAGGUGUACAUUGAUUUUACUGUUGGUACAUGUAGAAUGGAAGAGCAGUUUGAGUUUUAUGUUUAAGUUUUUCCUCUCUCCUAAACACGAAGCACAAAUACUUACUCCAUAGGUUAAUAUUGAUAUAUAUUUGACAAUUUGCACAAAAUUUGUUUACGAAGGACAUUUAAAUAGUUCACUGUUGUAGACAGGUAUGUAUCCAGAAGUUAAUUCCCAGCAUUAGAUAAGAUGUUUUUGUUAAAGGCACCUAAAACUUGAUCCAUUUCUUUCCAGCUAACAUAGACUAAAUUACAUUUGCAGUGCAUCAUAAUACAUUCCUUUUGCAAUGCAAUUUGAUAGUGCACCAGUGCAGUUGUUUUCAGAUAUUUUUUAUGUUGCCUGGAUACAUACCUUCUACUACUAAUGACAGAAUAUAUACUCAAAAUUUAACCUUUUCUCUUGACAUCGAAUUCAAAAUGCUGAUGUUUAUAACAAAGUUAUUAUUAAAAAAUCGUUCAGCAUGUCUCAGUAAAUGCAGAAUUUCUUCCAUUUUUGGUAGUGGAAACUUUCAGAUUUUUAGGUUUCCAUGGAACAUGAGGAUCAUACAGCACUCUGUAAGAUACUGGUGCCUAGGUAAUGGCUGAGAUACAGGUAUUAAUUUGUUUACUUCUCAUCACUGUUUUUUUUUUUUCUGUGGUACAGAGAAGUGAACAUCUUUACCUUCUUAUUUUAAGGAAUGUGAUGUUCUGUCACUAUUCAGUAUCUGGGAAGAAUUAGUUUUCCUCUCAAGACUUAAACCUAAAUUUCACCUACCAUAUUGAAAGUGUAGCUCAUUCAUUGUACUAGGAAUUUUCUAAUUUCAUUAAGAUCUAUUUUCACUACACAUCUGCUGGAAAAGACUGUAUACUUUUAUUAAAAUUUCUAAUAAUUAAAAUGUAAGUGCUUUUUUGUCUAAUUCAUGCUUCAGUGUAUAAGUACAUGCUGCUAAUAGUAAGAACAGUGUAAUAGUUAUGGGAAAUGUAAUUAUACUGUGCCAUUUUAAGAAUCUUUUUAGCUUUCUAUAGAUGUUUCUUUUCAAAAAUUUGAUUGCUGUAGAGAAAAUAUUAGUACAAAAAUCAGUUUCAGCCAUUGUCAGUAAAUUGUUUCAGAAUGUAGAUCAAUUUAACAGAGUUAGUUUGUAGUUGGACUUUGUUCAAUUUAUAAUGAGUAGCUGUACAAAAAAGCUCUGGAAUAUCAUUAAGAGUUAUACUGGUUAUGAAUGGAAUUCAAGUGUAAUAGCUGUGACUGUGAUACUUUUUUUUAAUCAAACAAGAGCAUCCGUAACUACAAAGUCAAUAUGGCUGGUGAAAGGCAGAUGGGAGGAUUGCCUAACAGCAGCUUCGUGCAUAAUAAAGGGAGCAAGACAGUCAUAGGUUUUCAGUUUUGUAUCCAAGUCGUGUGGUAUGUGCCCUUGGUUCUUACAGUUUUUAGUCAGUUGAAGAUAAAGCAGGAGUGGCAGUAGUUUCAGUGAAACACCUGCCUUUUUACAGCAGAAGCAAAAGUUUCAAUAAAAGUUCAUCAUUUACAAAUAUUGAAACACAAGAUACUUGCCUUAUUUCUAGGAGAAAUAUUAAGAGAGUUUGCUGUUGGCACUAUCAUAAUUGAAUAUUAUGUAUACAUAAGAAAAUACAUUAUAUAACUGCAUUUAAUCUGUCACAGUAUAUGCUAUUUGAUACAAGAAUUCAUUGCAUAUUAAGCUGUGCAUUAAUGUCAUUAACAUAUAAAUUUUAUCACAGAAGUAAUAAGUUUGUUUUCUAUCAUUGUCUACUGUUUUCCUGUGUCUCAUUUGAAAUGAAAUACAGCUGCAUGCAGCAAUAUAAA